AUGAAGGUCUCCGCAGCUCUUCUGUGCCUGAUGCUCACAGUAGCCGCCUUCAGCACCCACGUGCUUGCUCAGCCAGAUGCAGUUAAUUCCCCAGUCACCUGCUGCUAUACACUCACCAGCAAGAAAAUCCCCAUGAAAAGGCUGAUGAGCUAUAGGAGAGUCACCAGCAGCAAGUGUCCCAAAGAAGCUGUGAUCUUCACCACCGUCCUGAACAAAGAAAUCUGUGCUGACCCCCUACAGAAGUGGGUUGAGGACUACGUUGCCAAAAUGGACCAGAAAACUGAACGGAACCAGAACCCGACUAGUCUAGGCACUGCAACACCUGUGAACGCUAACUUCACCACCCAAGAACCUGUAGCUAACUUAUCUGCCACUAGCUCUCCCUCCACAAACCCUAACACUAGUAUAUGA